GCACUUUAACAAGUAGUUCCUCGGGAGGGGAAAGCGGAUCUACAGAUCGGUUGAAAACAUGAGUUCGUCGUUUUUGUGCGCAUGUUAUUCAAUGGGUAAGGUACCUACCUACCUACUUAAGGUACCUACCUACCUUGGGUAUAUAAGUAUGUCUGUGAACAGAUGGUUGUGCUCCGACCCUUCGGAGGGGUUUGGUUACACUUGCUCAUUUGUCAUUUUGCCAAAUCUCUACACACCCUCACUCCGCGAGCAUGCUACCUAUUCAAUUGCAUUCAUUUGUCUCGGUCAAAAUCAAGUUAAGCAAGCCUGUCCCUCAUUGAUUAUCUCCAAAUGUACUCGUCUUUACGUGCGAUCCGGCCAAGGGCCUCGGUGCCGCCCACCAUGCUGGCAAGCACUCUCCGGAAAAUUGCCAGCAUGGCUGCAGUGGCACCCGCUAGCCCUAAGAGAGAAGGCGACAUUUCAGAUGCGUUUGCGUCGCUCGCAGGACAAAAGGAGGAACCUUUACCUGACCGCUAUCGUGAGCUGAAACUAUCACUGGUAGCUGGACGCGAAAGAGAGAUCGAGGCUAGUUGGAAACGCCUCCUGGCUGCUCUCAAGAUGGAAAAUGACAUGAUUGCCCGGAAAGGAUCGUCCAUCGUUCCCGAGCUAGAAUACAGUGCGCUGGACUCACAUCUUCCAGAGCGCAGAGACGAGAUCCAAAAACGGGGCGUCGCUGUCGUGCGCGGCGUGAUUCCCGAGGUCGAAGCGAGGGCCUACAAGGACGAUCUCGAACAGUACAUCCGCAAGAAUCCAGACACCAGAGGCUUCCCAGCCCUCGACCGCCAAGUUUUCGAGCUGUACUGGAGUGCCCCUCAGAUCAAAGCCAGGGGCCACCCGAACCUUCUGCGCACGCAACGAGCUCUUCUCGAAGGUCUCUGGACAGCAGGACAUGACCGCAUGAUUGAUCUGUCGACGCCACUCUCGUAUGCUGAUCGUCUACGUAUACGCCGGCCUGGAGACGCCUCCUUUGCUCUCGGUCCGCAUCAAGACGGAGGCAGCGUCGAGCGCUGGGAGCGCCACGGGUAUGGCCUGGGCAAGGUGUACGAUGAUGUAUUCAAAGGCAACUGGGACGGUGCGUCUUUUGACAUCUGGGAUGCCGGGGCACGCAUCGAUGCGCGCCAAAACAACUACAACGGGAUGGGCGCGUGCUCAAUGUUCCGGGCCCUCCAAGGCUGGCUUAGCAUGAGCCACAGCGGUGCCAACGAGGGUACCCUGAAGAUAUACCCCGGUGUCAAGCUUGCCGUCACAUAUAUGCUACUGAGACCAUUCUUUCAGCCUGUCAGGGCAUCUGCUGAGUUUGGAGCUUACGGGGUCGAAACGGAAGGCUUUUUGCAUCCCGAAAACUGGGCGCUCACACGAGCUCAAGAUAUGAAUUCGGAUCUACAAGGUGCCACUCCUGGUAGGGGCCAGGAAUUUCCACGCGCUGAGCUGCACCCUCACCUCGAACUGGCCAAGACUAUGGUUCAUGUACCCAAAGUCAAACCUGGUGACUUUGUUGUUUGGCAUUGCGAUACCAUUCAUGCAGUAGAUCGUAUUCACAAAGGAAAAUCCGACUCUAGCGUUCUUUACAUACCUGUCUGCCCUGUCACAGAGCAAAACGCAGAGUACCUCGCAAUCCAGAGACAAGCUUUCCUGGAUGGCACGCCCGGCCCCGACUUCCCUGGUGGCAAGGGCGAAUCACGACAUGUUGAUCGGCCUACGGCCGAGUAUGCCGCGGAGCAUCUGGACUUGCAAGGGUUGCAAGCUAUGGGACUAAGGAGGCUGUCGGUGCCAGAUGGAGCUCCGCCAGGAGCAAGGAGCGUGCUGAAAAAUGCCAACAAAAUUCUUGGUUUCUGAUGUUUGGUUAAACUUUUUUGCCUUGCAUCCAUGUCAUCUGUUUUCCUGUUUUCCAAGGUCUUUGUCUUGGAAUUUUCCAUGGUACUCGGCAUUGAAUCUUUGAGCUGUGCUUGAGAAUUCGCUGGCCUUCACCUCUCUUCCAUUGCCCCAUGACUACAGAAGCCAG